AUGAGUGCUAUAGCACAGAAAGGUCAAACUAAGCAAGUAGUGGAUGGUGGUGUUUACCUGCAAGGUUCUAUAAAGACGUCAUAUCCUAAAAUACGUCUUGACAUACCUAAGGGUGAUGAAUCUCGGGAAUGGUCUAUUUAUCUUUAUAUUUUGACUGAAUGUCUUGAUCACGCAACUUAUUAUAUUCAUCCAAACAAAGCAAUAUUUAACAGCUCCUUCAAUAACUUGAAUCAAGACGACGCUGUCGAGAAUGAUAACUGUUUAUGUAAUCCACAUGUUGUGAAAUUAACGGAACACGAUAUCAUCAAUAAAACCUUUGAGAUUAAAGUCAAAGUAAUUACCAAAAAAAAUCAAUUUCCAAAGAAAAACUUACGAUUAACCAAAUUUCAUACGGAAGAACCAUUCCAGAAUGUACACAGACAAUCACCGUGCAUUACUGAAACUUUCGAUGAUUUUCGGGGAAAUUUCACAGAUUUUCGCGGAAAUUUGACAAAUUUUCACUUAGCAUGCGUUUUAACACGUGAUAAUGAAACAUAUGGACUUUGUAUAUCUGAUCUAGUGACAACAUACCAAUUCGGUAACGUAUUUCGCAUCGAAUCAGUCGAGAAAUUUAAUGAUCAAAUAUGGUAUUGCAAAUUAUGUAUUAAUAGUGACGAUGAGUCCGAACUAACUCGAAUGUUCCAACAUUAUGAAACAGAAAUCGGAACAUCAUUGACUUAUUUAUCAUUAGGCGUGUAUCUCAAUGGAAUAGGGAGAAAAGAUAUGGCUGUUCAAUAUUACGAAAGCUUGCUGAAGGUAGAAACAGAUUUUGGUAUCAUUUCUUCUAUUCACAAUAACUUAGCAACUAUUAAUAGAGACGAAAAAUAUUUCUUAAGUGCGCAAGAUUAUUGGAACCAAGUGCCGAAUGCACAAAAAAUUGGUACGUUCAAAACAUUUACUCCACAAUUCGAGCAAAAAUCACAGGUUAUUAUGGCAGACUUAGUACCUGAUACCUCACCAAUCAUAAAUUGCUAUAAUCUUGCUUAUGUUUAUCGAGUAACGGGACGCUUUGAUGAAGCAUUAAAUGCAUGUGAGCAAGCAUUAAGUUUAACAACUGCUGCAUCUGAUCCCAUCAAUAUUGCAAGAGUUCACAGUGCAAGAGCAAGUGUUUAUUUUUCGCAAGAAAAAUAUGAAGACGCUUUAAAAUCUUAUAGAAUGGCGUUGGACAUCGCUUUAGUUCAUCUUUCAACUGCAGAUCCUCUAAUUGAUCAAUAUUUAAAUAAUGUACGCUUACUGAACAAUAAGAUUAACGAAAAACAAUCUUAA